AUGUCGACCCAAUCUCCUCAUCCACCGACCCCUAAAGGAUCGCGCAACAACCGCCGUCCUCAGAAGAAGAAUACAACCCCUCACGCCCAGAAACCGGCGCUCCUUUCUACUCCCCCAUCAUCCCCACCGCACAACAUGAGCCCCGGGGUCAUCCAGGUGGAUUCUUUAACCAACUUCAACUCCUCGAAGAAGAAGCCAAUGCGUUCAGGGAAGAAGCCCCGGGACAGCAAGGCUUCACCUGCGACAUCUGGAUACCAUAGCAACGGGUAUAACAGUGGUCCCCGAUACACACCAACGCAACCUGCUGUCACCUCUCCUCAGCCAAAGCCGAGCGCAGCCUACGCGGGACCGACGUUCCAUGCAUCACCUGCACCAUCUGCUUUACCCAUUCCUAGCUUUUUCUCUAAGUCGGCUCCUGAUCCCAAUUUGGUCCCGCCCAUCGAGACCGAUAGUGACGAUGCGGAGGUGGACCCCGAACUAGAUGUGACUCCCCCUCCCCCUCUCGACUUUCUUUUCAAGGCUGCUGUGCAAGCCAGAGACCAGAAGUCCACGAGCAGCCCUGAGGUGAACAAGGUCCUUCAGUCCCCCCAGACCGAACCCAGGGCCUUGCGCCCUAAUCCUGAUGGCAUGUUUGCAUUUGAAAUGGGAAACUCUGAUUACACUCGCAACUUACACAUUGGUCCUUCUUUCGCUCCUUCUUACCAAGAUCGUAUGAAUGCGCUGCGACCGUCGAGUACCUCCCAGUCCUCUGACAUGACUGAGGAGGAGCGACGAAUCAAGACCGAGGAGCUGAAGCACCUGUUACUCAAUCCACCCCCGCAGAAGCCGCCUUCCUCGGCUCAUGCCUCUCACGAUCAUGCUAGAUCCUUUGGGCCCCGUCCUUCCAAUGUGCCUCCCUAUGCCACUCCUUUGCGAACCACGUCUGGCCCUCAGUUGACCUUGUCUCAUUCCUCAUUCUCUAAUCAACAGCUGCAACAGCAGCAUAUUCCUCAGAACACUGGACGUCCUCAGUAUCAAUACCCCACCCAUUCUCACUCACCUCUGCGCCGUGAGGUUGACCUCGUCCCGCCUCCUUCGAUGCCUCCAUAUCGUGGCCCGGUCUCAAACCGCGCCUCGAACGGAGGUUCCCCGGCGCCGUAUGGUAAUCCGUACAUGGCAACCUCCCAGGAUCAGCGGUCUGGAUAUGCUUCCCCCCAACCAAGCCACGCGGCGUCUCCAUUUCAUAUGCCGGUCAGCUCACCGUCUCCUCGUGUGGUAGACACCAGGCAAAUCGAGAAUGACAUUCGUCGAGUUCUGAAGCUCGAUACCUCGGGACCUCCGGUCACUCGAAGCUUCGCAUAG